AUGGCUGAAAGAGCUAUGACUCUCAUCGCACGGUCAGGCGCAUUACGGCCAGCAGCAUCCCGCCGCUCGCUCGCCGUCCUUGCCAACAGCCGCUUCACUAUCCAGAGAGCCGCCUUCAGUUCGCAACCGCCACGCCUUCUUCCCUCUGCCGACUCGCUCUUCUCCCGUUCCCCCGCCUCGGGCGAGCCGACGAGCUACUUCCAACGUUCAUCACUACCCGCCAACACCAUCGUCAAGUUCGUGCCUCAGCAAACAGCAUGGAUCGUCGAGCGCAUGGGCAAGUUCAGCCGCAUCUUGCAGCCCGGUCUUGCCAUCCUCGUUCCUCUGAUUGAUCGCAUCGCCUACGUCAAGAGUCUGAAAGAAGCUGCCAUCGAGAUUCCCUCCCAGAGCGCCAUCACCGCCGACAACGUCACUCUCGAGCUGGACGGUGUACUCUACACCAGAGUCUUCGAUCCUUACAAGGCCAGUUACGGUGUCGAAGAUGCCGAAUACGCCAUUUCACAACUCGCCCAAACCACAAUGCGCUCAGAGAUUGGUCAGCUGUCUCUUGAUCACGUUUUGAAAGAGCGUGCUGCCUUGAACACAAAUAUCACACAAGCCAUCAACGAGGCCGCCCAGGACUGGGGUGUCACCUGUCUGCGUUACGAGAUCCGCGACAUCCACGCCCCCGCCGGUGUUGUUGAAGCCAUGCACCGUCAGGUCACUGCCGAGCGUAGCAAGCGUGCCGAGAUUCUGGAAUCAGAGGGUCAGCGCCAGAGUGCCAUCAACAUCGCCGAAGGUCGCAAGCAGAGUGUCAUCCUGGCAUCCGAGGCUUUGCGCGCUGAACAAAUCAACAUGGCCACUGGUGAAUCCGAAGCCAUCCUCCUCAAGGCUCGCGCCACCGCAGCCGGUAUCGACGCUGUCGCAAACUCUAUUGCUCAAGGCAAGGAGAGCGCCCAGGGUGCCGUCAGUCUCAGUGUCGCCGAGAAGUACGUCGACGCCUUCGGCAAGCUGGCUAAGGAGGGCACCAGCGUUGUUGUUCCCAGCAAUGUUGGAGACAUCGGCAGCAUGAUCGCCACCGCCAUGGGCGUCUACGGCAAGGUCAACGAGAGCCAGGCCCGCUCAAUGGCUCCCAAACAAGUCUCCGCCCCCUCAGAAUCAUCCACACAAUCCACCGAGCCUCAAAGCGUGACCGACAGCGUGCUUGAGAGCUUCGAAGAUACUCGUGCCAAGCACUAG